GUUUUAUAUGGUACAUCAGACCUUUCAAAAGUCCAUUUACACAGUCUGCAUCAAGGAACCUUAGUCAAACAUGAUUUACUUUUAACAAAGCUAAUGUUUAUUAACCCAAAAUUUUCCAAGUACCAAUGAUUUUGCAUUUUUGUCUCAAAAAGAUUCCCUGCUGUCAAUAGAUUUUUUGUUGAGCCUGCAGUUAUUGGGUUCUCUCCCUAUUAUUAAACAUUUCUAAGUCUCCAAUUUUCUAGCAGCACCCCGGUAUAUGGUAAGGAUUCAAUGAUUGUGGCCAGAGCCUGGGUGAUUUUCACCAUUACUUCUAUCAUAAACCUAGAGGCUGUGCUCCCUUUUAGUAUGAGAUUUGUCAUAGAGCCCUGAAAGCCACAAUCAACAUAGCUAUUCUAAAGAUUGCCCAUUCUCAUUGCUGCCUGGCAGCUGCGUCCCUUUUUAUGUUAAAAAUGUAUGAAUCGGUCUUCAGAGAGCACCUCCCAUCACUGUCCUACUGACAUCGACAGCCCCCUCCACUACAUUGACAGAGCUCCACUCUAACGGGUGAUCAAUCUUAUCAUUCAGUGCUCUAGAGCCUCCUGUUGACACUUUAGUCACCAUCUUCAAUUGGUUGGUGAUGGAGACACUGGCCUUCUGCUUAAAACUCGUGUUCAACAUCAGGCGUAUUUGGUGGGGUCAGGACCCGGAAAUGUACCCAUGCCAGAGUCGCAAUCCCAGAAUGAAAAUUCAACCCAUGGUCUACAUUUCAUAUUUUGAUCUACUACUUAAAAUCUGAUCAUGUUAAAUUGAACAAAAAUGUCUUCACUGUGCCACCGCAUUUGUUACCGAUGGUCUUCAUUGAGAAUUAUUGGUCUAGUUUGGUCUUCAAAGCAAGAAAUAAAAGUGGUACCUGUAGCAUCCUAUAGUCUUCAAAGUCGCUUUGGUUUAGAUGCACGUCAAUGCCUUUUGACUCAAAAACUCUGGAUGUUGAAAAGGUCUGACUUGAGUUCUUCAGCAUCAAGUUUGCCACCAAGUAAAGAAGAUGGCAAUGGAUACCGGUUCACAGAAAGCUGUAUUUUGCUAAACACAGGUCAUAACUAUGGCAAAACAGAACUGCCUUGUGUGGUGAAAGAUGUACAAUCUGGUGAAUUAGAUGUUCCACCUCAUUCUCCAUUUGAUGAAUUAUCUGAAGAAGAGGCUUUGCAAAUUGAAGCAAGUCCUUCACUCCCUCCUACCUCAUUUACCUUGUGUGACUAUGUUGACCAGUCAGAGACGCUAACCAAGCUGGUCCUUCUAGGUGUAGAUCUGUCUAAACUAGAAAGGCGACCAAAUGUGGCCAAUAUGCUAUUAAGACUGGAUUUUAACAGAGAUGUAAAAGAGAGACUUCUGUUCCUAAAGGAUAUAGGAGUAGAUGAUCAUUUGCUUGGAGCAUUCCUCACCAGCAACCCCUUCAUUCUGACUGAGGAUGUGGAGAAUCUACGGAUGAGAAUACAGUACUUGCAAUCAAAGAAAUUCAGCAAAGAAGCCAUUUCAAGGAUGGUGUCAGGAGCCCCUUAUUUGCUAAACUUCAGUGUGGAAAGACUGGACAAUAGGCUGGCAUUCUACCAGAGAGAACUGAGAUUAAAUGUGCAAAAGACACGUGAUCUGGUCACCCGUCUCCCCAAAUUGUUAACUGGCAGCUUGGAACCAGUUAAAGAAAAUCUGAAAGUUUGUCGGAUUGAAUUGGGAUUUCGUGAUAAUGAAAUCCAACACAUGGUAAUCAGCGUCCCCAAACUCCUCCUGGCUAGUAAGAAAAAAUUGACUAGAUUGUUUGAUUACUUACACAAUACCAUGGGAAUCCCCCACCACCUGAUUACAAAAUUUCCUCAGGUUUUUAAUGCAAAAUUUCUGAGAAUAAAAGACAGACAUCUGUUUCUUGAACACUUGGGACGAGCGCAAUAUGAUCCAACUCAGCCGAACUACGUCUCACUGGAUAAGUUGGUUGCAACACCUGAUGAAGUAUUCUGCGUGGAGAUAGCAAAAGGCACAUUGCUGGACUUUGAGGCAUUCCAAAAAACACUUUAAAUUCUCUUAAAUGGUUUCAAUAUGUGCUCAUUUACAAAAAGAAUAAGUAAAUGUAGAGUCAUGAUUAUUUUUCCUGUAUAUCCGAUAACUAAAUCAACUACUUCCAGACCCACAGUUUGCUUAGUAGCAAUAAGAGAGAUAUCUGACAGUGAAUCCAAAAAAAAGCUUUAAUUCUUCUGAGUGCAAUUGUCAAUUUUGCCUCUAGUUUCAAUACUCUGAAUCAGUCCUCACUGGGAAAUGGAUUUAACUUUCCUCGAACUAAUUUCUGCGGUCACUGCUUGCCAGAAAACUGCUACCUUUAUCCUUUUAUUAUGAGCAGGAUUUAUUCCAGGGCCAAGAGGUGAAUACUCUACACAUUUGGUAAGAAUAUUUUAAUGGCAGUUGGACUAAGAAUUUCUCCCAAAAAAGUUGAAAAUUAUGUGAAUCCUUUUGAAAGCCACCGGGUUAAAAUUCAAUAAUUUAUUGAUGCAAAUAGGUAUUUAUAUUUGUGAAAUGAUGCAGUGUUAUUCGGCUCUGAAUAACCUUGAAUGUAGAUAAACUGUAACUUUGCAAAUAAUAUUCUAAACCCUUAGUUCUGUGUAUUUUGACUUGCAGCUAACCUAAAAAGCAAUUGCUGAAGGUAGACAGUGCCUCUAUCAGGAUUGUACAUAGGUCAAGACAAUGUUUCUUGAGCUGCUGUUUUAUUUCAGUGAAAAUUUGAAGGCUUUUACUCAUCAAUUAAUGACUAUGAUAGACAUGUUUUUAUUCAGCAACUUAUAUUAUCACCUCUGUUGACCUUUCCACUGCUUCUGAUUUGCCACCUUUUUUUAAUCCAAUAUGGAGCGCACAGAAAGUUCCCCAGUUCUCUACUGGGUUUGGUAGCAUCUGUGACCUUUCAUCAGAACACACAUGUAAUUCUGUUCUCUCCACAGAUGCUGCCAGAUCUGAUAAAUAUGUCCAGCAAUUUUUGUUUGUCUAUCAGAUCUUCAGAAUCCACAAUAUUUUGUUCAUCUUUUAUUGUCUUUGAGACACAGCUACAAAUUCCAUCACCACUGAUGCCAUUCUUCUCUUUGGUCGCUCUGAAGCUAAAUUAGACUAUUAACUUGCAACCCUGAGCUGAGAGUCCAACUCUGUAUUCUAUAUGACCAAGAGUGCUUGCACCACUGUCAAAUGAUCUGUCUCCGCAUAUUGCUGAAAUCAUCAUCCAUGAAGAUAUGUGCCUUACACAAAAUCCCAAAGCUCUUUACAGCUGAUUAAAUUCAUUUUUCCUGAGAGAUAAAUGUAGGAAAAAUGGCAGCCAAAUUGUGUGCUGAAGGCUCCCACAGCAACAAAAUAAUAUUGAAAAGAUAAUGUGAUAUUGAAGGAUGAUUAUUAGCUAAGACAUUGGGAAUAAUUCUUCUGCUGUUUGAAAUAGUGCCAUAGGAUCUUUAAUGUCCGACAGAAAGGAUAGAUUAGGCCAUAGUUUAAUGUUUCAACUGAAAUAUAACAUUUCCUUCAAUACUGCACUGGAUGCCAGUUUUGUAACUCAGGUCCUGAGGUAGGACUUGAAUCCAUAACUUCUGACUUAAAGGUACUGACUGAACCAUAGCUAUCACUGUCACAUGUAGCUGUUACCUUUAGGUUUAAUUGGUUCAGUGCUCUCCUAGCUACCAUCCCUUAAACUUCAGCUACUCCAAAAUUAUGUUGCUUCUAUCCUAACUUUUAAAAACUCCUGUUCACGCAAGACCCUAUGCUUGUCACUUUGAAAUUCUCAUCUUAUUUUGACAUAUCUCCAUGGUCUUGGCUCUCCCUCUCCCUGCAACCUCCAGCCCAAUAACCCUUAGGCAUCUGGUUUCUUCAACAGAGGCUUCUUAUAAAUCUCCAAUUUUCAUUAAUCCAUUUUGCAGCUGUGGUUUCAGCUGGCAAGGACCUAAACUCUCCGUCCACCAUUUCCAACGGACUGUCUCCAUCUCUUCCUUUAACAUGUUCCUGUUCACCACCUGCCUUAAUAUUUUUGAGGAGCUCAAUUUCAAGUUUUGUUUGAAAAUAUUCUUGUAAAGCUCCUUGGAACAUUUUAUUUUAAUAAAAAAGUGCUAUUACAGAUUAAUAUUGAUAAAUGUAUUUAAUCUGCUUGAUUUUCUUGACAGCAGUCAGACUUAAAUACGAUUGGAAGGAACUUUGCUGCUGAGCAUUGAGGUGAUGAAUGACCAAGUGUAGGGUUUGACGUAUUCUAUUUAAGAUGGCACUUACAGUUUAUCUUUCAUUCCAGGGAUAUGUGCUUUGCUGCCUAGGCCAGCAUUUAUUGCUCAUCCCUAAUUGUCCUUGAGAAAGUGGUGAUAAGCACCUUGUUGAGCGGUCCAUGUGUUAUAGGUCAACCUGAGUGCUGUUAGGGAGCGAGUUCCAAACUUUUAAGCCAGUGGCACUGAAGAUAUAGUUACAAGUCAGGAAUGCAAGUGGCUUGGAAGAAACAUGCAAAUGUCGGUGUUCCCAUGUGCCGUCAUUGUCCUUUGAGCUAAUAGCAUUACAGGUUUGGAAGGUGCUUUCAAAAUAAACUGAUGAGUUACUUCUGUGCAAAUUGUAGAUGUUGCUGUGUAUCAAUGGUGGAGGGAGUGAAGGCUGCUUUAUACAUAAUCUGUCACAUGCUGGGUAAAAAUUUGUCUACCUCAGCCUUCACCACACUUAAUGACCCAACCUUGACAGCUCUCUCUGAUGUACAGAAUUUCACAGAUUCACUAUUAUGAGAAGAAAUUCCUUCUUGUAACUGUCUUAAAUGGGCAACACAUUACUGCUGAGUUUAUGCCCUGUGGUGCCAGACCCUCCCAAAGGGAAGCAAGCUCUUCUCAUCUACCCUGCUAAAUGUCUCAAGAAUCAUAUAUGUUUAAAGACGGUCUCUUCUCAAUCUUAUAAACUUUAGUAAGUAUAAGCCCAACCUAUUCAACAUUUACUCUUCAGAAAAUCCCUCCCUACCGAAAUCAACUAUGUCUCUAAUGUUUCUAAUGCCAGUACAUCUUUCUUUAGAUAAACGUUUCAAACCUGUUCCCAGUAUUCCAAAUGUGACUGAUUAGCGCCUUGUAUGUUUUAGGAAGACCUCUCUUUGUACUGCAGCAUUCUGCAGUAUUUUUCCAUUUAAAUUAGACUUAGUUCUUCUGCCUACAAAAGUGCACGACCUCACAUUUUCCACUUAUCUUCCAUCUGUCCACUUACCUAAGCUUUCUGUAUCCCUUUGUUGACUGUGUCAUCUUCAAUACGUGUCUUCUCAUCUAUUUCAGUGUCAUCUGCAAACUUGGCAAUAGUACUUUAACUAUCACCCAAGUCAUGAACAUAUAUUGUUAUUAACUGUGGCCCCAGCACUGAUCACCGUGGCACUCCACUAGUUACAAGUUGCCAUCCUGAAUCUGCCCCUUUUAUCCCAAUCUUAUUCUUCUACUCAUUAGCCAAUCACUUGUCCGUGCUAAUAUCCCCAACACCAUCUCAUUGAAAUAUAUAGGAUUUUUCAGGGGCUUGACAAUCGUUUCCCCUCAUGGGGAAAUCUAGGGCCAGAAAGCAUAGUCUCUGAAUGCUAAUUUAAUAUUGAGGUAAGGAAGAAUUUCUUUUGAAGGUUUAGAGUCUUUGGCAUUGUUUGCCACAAAGAGCUGUGGGGUUAGAGUCUUGAAGUCUCUUUAGGACUGAUAUAGAUUCUUGAUCAGUAAUGGAAUCAAAGGUUAUGGGAAAGAGCAGGAAAGUGGAUGUGAGGAGUAUCAGAUCAGCCAUAAUCCUACUGAAUAGUACAGCAAGCUUAAGGAACUGAGUGGUGUAUUCCUGUUCCUAUUUCUUAUGGACUUAUUGUCCUAAGUCUAUCCUUAAACGUCUGCACAAAAAGAACAAUCCCAGUUUUUCAGAUCUUUCCAUGUAACCGAAGUCUUUAAUACCUAAAUUAAAAACAGAAAAUGCUGGAGAAACUCAGAUCUGACUGAAUCUGUGAAGCGGGAAAGUGAGUCAGCAUUUUGACCCCAACAACUCUUCAGAAUGUCUUCAGACUCUUCUGAAGAAAUACCUUUGGAUUCAGAAUAUUUACUGUUUUUCCCUCCAAAAAUGCUGCUGGACCUGCUGAAUUUCUCCAGCAUUUCCCUGUUUUAUUUCAGACUCCCAGUAUCUGCAGUAUGUUUUUUUUUUAUUAACUACCUGCUUCAGUUUUACUAAUGCUCCUAUGUACCUUAUUUCAAUCUUUGACAUUUUUAUUUAACUGUGGUGUUUAGAAUUGGCUGCAAUAGUCCCCACUGGGGACAGAACAACUGUUGUAUAAAAGUUUAGCAAAA